CCUCCUCAAGGGUUGCAAGACCCUCGUGACCAUUGGAUAUCACGUGGCGAUGGCCAUGGAUAAAUUGUCAGCCUUACAUCUGACGUGCAUAUCACCUUCUAAUAAUUCAAUUCUUCUAAUCGUUUCUCACUCAUACCGAGAACAGAAGUAUUGAAUAUACAAUUUCCAACCAAUAUGUCCAAGGCAGAAUUUACGACUUACGAGGAGGACAUCCCUUCCUACGAAGAAAGCAUUCGCUCACCCCCCACAGAGAAGCCACUCUCCACCAUCACACCCAACAUAGCAACAUCCCUCCAUCGCCAUCUCGAUACAAGUCGAGUUCGACGCGUCCACUCUAUCCUCUCCCAGUAUGUGGAUCCACUCCUAGCUCAGCAAGCAUCGUCAGGCCUGUACAAAACUACCUUCAUUCUCAUCCCCUCCAAUGUCACAUCACUACAUCCCAGAACGCAGAAUAGCUACUCCACUCCGAAAGAGCCCGAGCCGGUCGGAUUCCCGACCUCGACGGUAGUAAAGCUCGUCCAACUAGAGGGAGAGGAACAUACGAUCGAGUUCUGGCGACAGCCUGCCGUGUUGCGGGAACUAGAGUCGUCGCUUCGAGCUAGGCUUGCGGCGAGUGGUCACAAGAUUGAGGGGCAGGGUGCGCUCCCUGUAUCUAUCGGGGAGCCGCAGUCGCCGAGCUCAAAAGAUGAGAGUAAGUCUAAGCGGAGGCGGUCGCUAUGGUCAAGACUCACGCAGGGCCCGUCGGAUGCGGUGAUUGUGGAUCGGAAGUUGGGUUGGCGUGCCGAUCACGAGGAAGCAACCGGUCGCAAAUUGCCGAGGGAUCAGGUCAGGGUUUCUGUUGAGUGGAAGGAGGUUUGCCUGCGCGUAGAGAAUGACAUGGGUCUAUACGAGAAUUGCUAUGCGCCGGGGAUCUGUCUCUCAGUAGAGGUGGGAGAAUAGAGCGAUCAGAAGUACUUACGCUUCAAUACUCUGCAUGGUAUCUUUUUGCAGAAAUUAUGAGGAGCCACAGAGGACGGUAUAUGGUUGUUUAGUGUCAUCGAUAUUUAGACAGUCUAGUUUCGAACCUAGACAUGGGUGCGUCGACAGAUCCCU